UUCUCCGCGCGCUCCAGGCCAAUGCUCUUCGGACAAUGUCGGUGAAUGGGAAGGGCUUCCUAUCGAAUCCUUGGUCGAACAGGGCAGCUUGGUCCAGGGUCCAGAGCACGCUCGGGUCGAAGAAGGAUCAUGGUGGGGAUUUGAUGAACAAGAAGAGGCAGCUGGAGCUGUGGGACUUGGCGGGGUUCUCUCGUGAGAAGUUAAAGCUUCUCAAUGAGAUUGAGGUGCUCAUCGACUUGGAGGAGAAUGCUUUGAACAUGGAAGCUUCUGCUAAGGCCGCGGAAGGACGUCUUCGAAGCUUGCUGGAUAUCUGCGUAUGCUCUCAAUGCCAGGAGAAUAUAAAGAACAGGAUAGCUCUACCGAAAAGUAAAGAGAGAAGGAGAGGCGCUUCGUUCUGGGAAAUGUGAAAGAAGCUAUGGAGCGUGACCGGGUUGCACUUGACAACUUUCUGCAGAAGCAGAGGCUCAAGCAUGAAGCGUCUAAGCAGAAACUUAAACCCGAGAGGCUAUUCGCGACGUAUACGAAUCGUGGCCAGAGCAAGCUGGUGGACUCGAGGAGCUUUGAGCGACGUUGGAACACGAUCGAGGCAUAUCCCGGAAUGAUCAUCAUGGAGGCGCUUGAAAAUUUUUGGAGCUCGUGCCCGAGUGUAACGGACUAAUUUUUCCGAUGCCAGAGAAAGAUUGCAUGUACUGGUGGUUUCUUAAGGUAAAUUAGGGUACGUUCUUUGAAUGCUGCGUGCUGCCAACCAACAAUUGGAAAACUCGAGAAAGUUCUUUAUUGCUAUUCUCCUCG